AUGGAGACACUGGAUGAAGCUGAACUCUGCUUUCUACAACUACUCAAUACCUCCUGCAGGAAGCCAAUGCGGCAUCAUGCUGAGACCAUAUUCCUUUACAUCCUGCUGUCUUGCAUGUCUUUUCUCACUGUGGCUCUCAACCUGCUGGUCAUCAUCUCCAUCUCCCACUUCAGGCAGCUCCACAGCCCCACCAACCUCCUCCUCCUCUCCCUGGCUGUGUCGGACUUGCUCGUUGGCCUCCUGCUGAUGCCGAUGCAAAUCCUCCUCAUAGGGGGGUGCUGGUUUUUGGGGAGCUUGAUAUGUGGACUGUUUUACUAUGCCUCUUUUAUCCUUACGUCCGCCUCAGUAGGAAACAUGGUGCUCAUAUCAGUUGACCGACACGUGGCCAUUUGUGACCCUUUGUGUUAUCCCACCAAAGUGACUCAGAGAAGAGUUAAAAUCUGUGUUUGCCUGUGUUGGGCCUGUUCUGUGUUCUAUAACGGUGUGAUACUGAUGGACUUCCUGAAACAUCCAGAUAGAUAUAACUCCUGCUAUGGAGAGUGUGUAGUUGUAAUUAACUCCAUAACAGGAGCUGUUGAUGUCAUGUUGACCUUUGUCGGCCCCAUUACUGUCAUCAUAGUUCUGUAUAUGAGAGUAUUCGUGGUGGCUGUGACUCAGGCUCGAGCCAUGAGGUCUCAUAUUGCAGCUAUUACAGUUCAAGGUGUGAUUAGUGUCACCGCUAAGAAGUCUGAGAGGAAAGCAGCCAGGACUCUCGGUGUUGUCGUGGUUGUGUUUCUAAUCUGUUUCUGUCCUUAUUUUUAUCCCUCUCUCGUGGGCCAGGACAUGUCAACCAGUGUGACAUUUUCAAUUUUUGGAGUCUGGCUGCUUUAUUGUAACUCCUGUCUAAAUCCAGUGGUAUAUGCUUUUUUCUACCCCUGGUUUAGGAGAUCUAUUAAACUCAUUGUUACACUUCAGAUACUGAAGCCUGACUCCUGUGACGCCAACAUACUGUAG